GCCACGGGAGCGCACACGGAGGGACGGAGCGCUCGGUGACAUAAACUCACGACCAGCUUCGCUCUGAGAGUCGCACUUCAAUCCAAGUUGUCUAAAAGAGCUGAAAGAAGUUGUGUCUGAUGCCUGGAGGAGGGUAUGGAUCGUCAGCCGGACAAAGAGCAGUUAAGAUCCGCCGAGAAAGAUGAGGGCAUUUUUGACGCGCUGUGGGCAAGUUUUGCGCCACUUGACGCCGCGGCUUGAGCGCGUUGAUUUUUGCAUCAGCCUCUUAGUAUGAAGUCAUUUGACAUGGCAUGUUUCCUGCGUGGUGUCCUCCGGUUCAGGGUUGCGACUCAUGGGAUGUAGUAAAUGGAGAGCUGCGUUCAACUUUGGACACCUGAGGGUGCAGUCCAAGCUGUCCGUCUUCUUUACCAUGAUCAUUCUCUUCACCUACCUGUUCUACUGCCUCACCGGAUACUGCGACUCCUUACCCAGACCUGUGUAUGACCAGCAGAGCAGCUUUCUGAACAAAAUCCUCUUAAAUGAUGGACCAGAAGCGCAGCACCCCGGUGCGCACAAGAACGCGUCCCCGGUCUCGUUUGUCCGGGAGCAGCUGUCGGACUUGGACACUGUUGACAGCAACGUGUUGCCGGCCGCAUCAGGCUCCAGCAACAUCUCUAUAGCCAACAAUUUCGGCAGCAAAAAGUUUCCUCAAGCCAUCAUCAUAGGGGUGAAGAAAGGUGGCACCCGGGCUCUGCUGGAGUUCCUGCGCAUCCAUCCGGACGUGAGAGCCGUGGGCGCUGAGCCGCACUUCUUCGAUCGCUUCUACGACAAGGGGCUGGAGUGGUACAGGAACCUGAUGCCUCGGACACUGGAGGGUCAGAUCACCAUGGAGAAGACCCCCAGCUACUUCAUCACCAAAGAAGCCCCUCGCCGCGUCUUCUCCAUGAGCCGCCAAACCAAGCUCAUUGUGGUGGUCCGUGACCCCGUGACCCGGGCUGUGUCUGACUACACCCAGACAUUGUCCAAAUCUCCCGGGCUGCCCUCCUUUCAGAACCUGGCCUUCCGUAACUCCACCACGGGCCUCAUCGACACGUCCUGGAGCGCCGUACGCAUCGGCAUCUACGCCAAGCACCUAGAGAACUGGCUGCGCUUUUUCCCGCUUUCACGCUUCCUCUUUGUCAGCGGUGAACGCCUUGUGUCAGACCCGGCGGGCGAGAUGGGCCGGGUCCAGGACUUCUUGGGUCUCAAACGCGUGGUGACGGACAAGCACUUCUACUUCAACCAGACCAAAGGUUUCCCCUGCCUGAAGAAGCCUGAGGGGAGCAGCAGGCCUCGCUGCCUGGGGAAGUCGAAGGGCCGGCCCCAUCCCCAAAUCCCCUCUGAGGUCCUGCUCAGGCUCAGAGACUUCUACAGACCGUUCAAUCUCAAGUUCUACCAAAUGACUGGCCAGGAUUUCGGCUGGGACUGAAUGGUUUUUAAUCACCAAAGCUCUUAAAAGUUCUCUGUGGUGUUCUUGUUGAGCAAACUGAAAAAAUUAGACAUCUUGAAGACAUUCUGUGCUACCAAAGCUUUUACUGUGCGGAAUAUGCCUUUUCUUCAUGUCCUCUGAUCUAUAAGCUCAUCGCAAAGCCCUGCCUUCCGUCCUGGUUUUUGCCAAAUAAUAACAGCCCUAUACUGUAAGUUUAAGCUGUGAGACAGCAGCUAGGCUAACAAAGCUUUUAAGAUCUUCAAGAUCCUUUGUCCGCAGUCACUGUAACCAGCGGUGCUGAAGAAAUGCUUGUGGGAAGUGCUGUUCGAGACUCCUGCUGCUGCUGUGCAACUAGUGAGAGUCUGUUUGAAGCACGGUGCUUAUUUGCUUAAAGUUGAAAUAUUUUUAACUUCCAGCACUUGGCGCCCUGAGUGCCAAAAAUAUGCUAAGCUCUCAGCACUGUCUAGGACACUUAACAGCACGACCUCUCUGUUGAAAAUAACAAGAAAAAGAAGCCAGUUCUGUAAAGAGAGGUUCCUAAAGUUAAACCAAAUAACAAGACUUGAGCGUAACUAGCCCUGACAGUAGGGAAAAGCUAUGAUAAACCAAAUGACAUAUUAGAGCUGUGAGAAGUAGAGUGGAGCGCUCCUGCAAAAGCAAAAAAAAGACAGCAAAGGAAGAUAACAAUCAGAAAUUUUUGGAUUAUGCACAACAGAACAAUCAAAGUCAAUGAAAUGUAAAUGUCCUGUCUGUUGUUGAGACAAAACUAAUCUCUUAUUCAUUCUGAUGUUAAGGCUAGUUCAUAUUAGCAUUGUUGAAGAGUUACUCAGUUCACAGCCAUUCAUGAAUGAGUCCUUUUUCUGAAUCAUUCUUCUUCUGUAUAUAUAUGAAGUCUUCUUCAAUUUACUCAGUCAUCCAAGCCCAGUCUCAUCUCCCGAUCUGUGUUUUUAUUACAAAAUAAGAAAAGAUGGCGCAAAUGCAGGAGCAUGUCAUAUUCUGAUGCAAAAGGGAAGCAUAACUGUAAAAACAUUGUCGAUUAUGUGCUGUAAAUUUGCUGUUAUUUAUGUUGCUGUUGUAAUGCAAUUAUGAGUUGUUAUUGACAGACCAUACCUGAAUCUGUGAUCAUUUUCUACUUUCUCUGUUUGAUUGACACUUGCUUUCACAAACUCUUUCAUUUAACUGUAUAUUUCUGAAAGCUUAAUUUAUAAAAUGACAAAAUACUGUUGAGAUGUUUUUUUUCUGAUACUUUUGUAUUUGAA